CUGUAGUGAAGGCACAAGCAGCAAAGUUACCCCGUCCAGCAAGGCAGCGCGACUGCUUGCCCGGAAGCCCUGGCGCGCGAACGAUCGACGCCGACGCAGCUGCUGGCUCUCGCUGGAACUGGUCGUCUGGAAAUAAGACGACACUAAAAAUGUUUCUAGGUUACUUUCCUGAACGAUUUGAACUCGUUGUGUGUUCAAGACAUGCAGGCACCUACUGGAUCUACCUGAAGAAUCAAGAAGACGAGCAAACCGAAAGCGCUACCCGCGCCCAAGCUCGUCCAGUGUUAUCAAAGAAAGAUCACAACGACGACAAGCAGGUUCAGCAAGCUAUCAACGGUGAGGUGGGAAAGGAGAACCACAAUGUUCAGAGGAAAGAUGAAACGACGCAAUUCAUUAAACCCUACGCGAGUACGACUAGAAUCAACCGAUUGGACGUCUCACAAAUUGUGGAGCACUACUCUUCUCUGCCGGGUGACCGUGAAGAAGACGCUUUUGCUUCGAACAACGAGAACUCUCGCAGCAAGCUAAGCGGUCGUGAAGAAUAUGACGAGAAUCAUCGAGAAAGUGGUGCUUUCUCUUCCUUGAGUGGUGUUGGAGGAAAACCUAGUAACGCGAAGCCGCACGACGUCGGAGCAGUCGGAGCACCACCGGAAGACAGCGCUAAUGGCCACAAUUCCAAUGGCCCUUUGACUCUGACUUUAGCAUCUGUGACGGGUUCUCCAGGUGCCUCGUCCAGAUCUCAACAGCACAACUUCGAGGAGACAGCUGCAGAGACGCGCGAAGUACAACUACUAUCGGGCGACGGAAAGAAAUGUAAUGCAAUUUCAUCGAUAGUGGUUCCAAGACGACACAACAAGACUGAGGAGGACAUUGCAAUCCAAAUGCCCAAGCAGGACAUUGCAGAUUUGACGGAACUCGUGCGCGACCUUCAGAGAAAACUCGAAGAGAAGGAGGCAAUAAUAGAAAAACAGGCUGUGACAAACGAAAAACUGGUCGUUACAAACGAAAAACUGGUUGUUACAAACGAAAAACUGGCAGUGGCAUUGGCGGAGCAAGGGGCUCUGAUUUCGAGCCUACGGGGCUCAGCAUCCAGACAAACUGUCGAAGAGAUGAUGAGUAAGUAACAUGAAGCGACAUGUUCCUGGACAGCUAUGAGUACUCCAGGUCGUUAGUGAUGAAUCCAAUUCAAAAUCUAGCGUAAUUUUGAAGGGAUGCUGGACUG